GACAUGGGGGAGCGCGAGUGGCUAUUAGCCCGUGCCUGAGCAGCCCCAGCGGCGUUAUGGCUUCGCCGGCAUACACGUAAAACCGCUUUGAAACCAUGAGGCCCUGGCUCCUCCUCGUGAUAGGCGCCGAGGCCCAGAUCCAGACCCUCCUAAGCCAGCCCUGCCCGAACCUGUGUUCAGGACACGGCUGGUGCGAUUCCGGGGAUCGAAGGUGUCGGUGCUACGCGGGCUACCAAGGUCCCGAUUGUUCGGAACGGCUGUGUCCCGUCGGGCCGGCCUGGGCCGAUCACCCGGACUCGCUCACCGUGUCGGAUGUAGCUCACUUGGAGGUGGAAUGCUCGAACCGAGGCCAUUGUGAAAGGGCCCAGGGCGCCUGUGUGUGUGUCGACGGGUUCACGGGCGCGGCCUGCGAACGAAAAGCGUGUCCCAACGACUGCAACGGACAGGGGAAAUGUACCUCUCUGAAAGAUUUUGCGACCUCGCAAGAUUUGGGAGUGGGUCUCACGUCCUACACCUUCGAGAAGGGCGGCUCCAGACCGCAAAAACCGCUCACCCAGGACCUCUGGGACCACGAGCAGAUGUAUGGCUGCGUGUGUGACGAAGGCUAUUAUGGCUACGACUGCCUGAAACGGAGCUGUCCCGUCGGCGACGAUCCCUUGCCUUCCUCUUCCUCGUCCUACAGUGUGCAGCGGAUGACUUGUAUGGCGGACGGUGGUUCAUUCUAUCUCACCUUCAGAGGCCAUACUACUGAGGCCUUAUCCUUCGGCGCGACGCCGGCUCAAUUGCAAGCGGCUUUGAAUAAUCUACCUUCAAUAACCACGCCGCCGUCGCAAGACUGGUCCCAGGGCGUGUUGGUUGAGACCUCAUCAAGAGUGCUAUGCGACAAGGACGGCGUCUACGUGGACCUGAAAUUCUUACAAGACUACGGGGAACUGCCUCUAGUGCUCGCGAACGUCGACCAGCUAUCCUUGACGACGGGCACGCCGUCCAUAAAAAUGGAGAAGACCGUGACGGGUGCCAAAGAAUCUCUGGAGUGUUCGGGUCGAGGUAUUUGCGACGGCGAACUGGGGACGUGCAUCUGCGACCUGAGCUGCGCGGAGGGCUGCUUCUCGACGUCGGACGGUCAUGGGAAUCCGGGCGGCCGAGGCGACUGUGGGUAUAGAGAUGGCACGGUCACGGGCGAGACGAUCAUGCCGGCCUGCCCGGGCGAGGUCCCCUGCAACGACCGAGGUAUCUGCGACGAGGACACGUGGGACUGCCAAUGCAUCGAUGGCUUUACGGGCGCGGAUUGUACGUUGAUGACCUGUCCUAAAGGUAGGAGUUGGUUCUCGGCGCCAGUGAACGAGAUCGACGACGUCCACCUCCAGAUGACGGAGUGCAGCGACAUGGGCUACUGCAACCGGGACUACGGCGAGUGCGAGUGCGCGCCGGGCUUCGAGGGCGCGGCCUGCCAGUACAUGAAGUGCCCCGGGGCCGACAUCGAGGGUCCGUGCUUCAACCAGGGCGAGUGUUUAUCUCUCUCAUUCUUGGCGGAGGCGUCGCUGGAUAAUGGGGUCGCUACCAAAAGAACCUACGGCAAGACGCCGAAUGAUAAAUAUCGGUGGGACUACGACUCCAUCCGAGGGUGCAAAUGUAAUAGGGAUCGAUUCGGCUGGGACUGUAGCCAGAAGUUGUGUCCCUUUGGGGACGAUCCAUUGUCUACAUCCCAGUACAACGAGCUCCAGAACCUGAACUGCGAUUUGGAUGAUGAUACCCAAGCUACCGUGAGGUUUACCUUCCGAGAGGAAGUGACCGACGCGUUGGACCCGACGACCAUGACCCUCAAGGACCUGGAGGAAGCCCUGGAAGCGUUGGAGACCAUCGACGACGUCCGCCUCAAGUCCAGUAUAGUGGGCGGCGACGACGAUUCGCAGUUCGUCUGCUCCAAUAGUGGAACUGAUAUAUUGGUCGAGUUCCUGCGGCCGACGGGCGACGUGCCCUUACUGCAAGUGUCCGACGGCGGCACCUUCACGGUCUCGGACUACCGCCAGGGCACCAAAGAAUGGGAGGAAUGUUCCGGAAGGGGCCUCUGCGACCGCAUGAGCGGCCUCUGCACGUGUUUUGCCGGCUACGGCGCGUCCGACGGCCAGGGCGGCGCGGGGCCCCACGAGGACUGCGGCCACCCGAUUCCUCUUGUUAGAGAGAUGGCGCAGCUCGUGGGGAACACGGAGUAGUAAGCUUCGGUUUUUGUGA